AAAGCUUAAAGCGUUAAGACUCGAGGCAUUUGCUAUAUAAGCAAAAGCUUCCAAAAUCAACAUUACCGGCCCCAUAAGGCAAAUGCCCUAAUUCGGUCCCCUCUCCAAAAUCGGCGAUAGCCGGAACCCUAAUCCCCAAAACCCGGCCAUGGCAACGCCGCCACAUUCCUACUCCUCCCUCUCCUCUCUCCGCCGCUUCCUCCGCCCCUUGCCUUCGCCUCCCUCUCUGCCUGUCCACCGAACCCUCGGCGGCGGCGGCGGCUCGGAGAGCAUGGCGUACCGGCGAUCGAUGCUCCGCGCGCCGCCGACGGUGAGAGCCCCAGGGAUUCGUCGGAAUUCGUGCAGCUUCAUCGGCACGGUGGUCGCCCCCGUGAGGCGCGCGGGGCGUGACCACGAGAAGCCCUGGGCCUACACCUUUCUUGAGGUGAAGAGGCAGAGGGCUUAUGGAGCAUCUUCUUCUUCUUCCUCCUCUUCUUCUCCUUCUUCUUUCGAGAUAUUACUGGCAAUGCGGGACAAGCUGGCGGAAAUUUCUCUGAGGCAUUUGCAACCAAAUGAUUUUAUUUAUGUUUCUGGUCCUUUAGGUUCCUAUGCAAAGGUCAAUGCUAGUGGCAGCCAUGAAAUUUGCUACAAGGUUUUUGUCAUGGAUCUGAAUUAUGUAAAGCACAAUGAUCAAAAACAAACUUCACACAAGCAUGAGGUUUUGGUGCAGAAAGAACUAACAGGACCCACUUUCGUUUUAGGUGCAUUUGAUUCUGCGGAGAAGGACAGAGAACGCCUUCACUUGUGGCAUGUCUUCUUUGCUAACCCGUACGAAUGGUGGGACAACAGACAAUCAAAGCCGAAUAUAAGGCACCCAGAUUUUAAACACAAGGGAACUGGUGAAGUCCUAUGGCUUAAUCCGCAUGACCCUCCUUGGGUUAAAAAGCAACUUGAACUGUAUGACUCAAAGAUGGGUUUAGGAACCAAUCAAAGAAACGAUGGUAGACGGCCAGAGUUACAUGGUUGGAUAAUUGAGGAUUUUGAGUAACCCUCCUUACUGGAUAGAAGUCGCUCGCACCUUUGAUUUUGUCAUGCUGCAAAAAGGUGCUAUAUCUUUGAAGAAAUGGAAGCAAUGAUCAGAAUUAAAUUAAGCCUUUCAAGGGCAAUGGGCAGCAAAUUUCGAGUCAAAAAUGAAAAGAUAAGAAAGUGAGAAAUGCAUUUAUAUGCCACAGUGAUCAGAUUGUGAAAAAUAUGUUUGUGUAGCUAAUCAUGAAAAAAAAGUUCCUUCUCUUGGAAUAUGAUAAAUUUAAGCAGAGGGUAAGAAGUGCUAAGUUGAGACUACUUAAGUUACCGGCAAAGCUCUUAUGUGGAUUAAUUCCAGCUGUACAGAGGCUUGACUGUGUAGAUAUUCUGUACAAAUUUGGAUUGACAGGAUCAGUUGUUUCUGUUAAUAUACUCCGUUCCCUUUCUUAUAGAGGAUUUUCUUAAUUGGUUCGGAUCCAUGCUUGCUGAUUGUGGUGCUAAGUGAAAAGGCAAUCCUGGCUUGUCAAAUUUGCGUAUGCAGUAGCAGCUUCUCUGAAAAACUGCUUUGUUAGGAGAUUCCUCAGUGAACAAGAGAAGCAUCUGGUCCAAUUUCAGGUGCACAAGCGAUCGAUAUCCUUUUCUAUUCAUGUCUUGUACGGUCUUUCAUCAUAGUUAGGAAGUUGAUUCAUAUGGCUUUUACAAUUAUAUCAUUCAACUAGUUCCUUCUUGAUCUGUUAUUCCGUUUCCAUAAUGGUAGUGCACAACAGGAGCAGCAUUUUUCAUGUAGUAUAUGUUACAGCCCCUGCUACAACAUACAGGGGAUUGUAAAUCACCCGUUAUCUAAUGCCCUUUCAUGUACACUACCUUUAUUCAUUAUAUACUAUGCACGCAAAUUCUUGAA